CUCUAUGGUUCUUGUUGACAGGCACUGUGGCUUCUGGAGCCCCGGGACGUGACACAAGCGCAACAUGAUGAGUUCUACCGCUACCUGUCGGGGGCAUUUGACGUGCCUCGCUUCACAGUACACUUUUGCACUGAUGUGCCCCUCUCCAUUCGGUGCCUCCUGUAUGUGCCCGAGGGCAAGCCUGGUCUCUUUGACAUGAGCCGCGAGAAGGAUGGUGUGGCCCUCUACUCACGCAAGGUGCUGAUCAAGCCAAGGGCUGAAAUCCUCCCCAAGUGGCUGCGUUUUGUCACGGGCAUUGUCGAGAGUGAAGACAUUCCUCUAAACCUGAGCCGAGAGCUGCUGCAGGACAGCGCGCUCAUCCGCAAGAUUCGCACAGUCAUUGUUGGCCGACUCAUCAGGCAGCUGGCACGCUGCGCAGAAAAGGAACCGGAGAACUACAGUCGCUUUUACCGGGACUAUGGUGUUUUCCUUAAGGAGGGCAUCUUGGCCACUCAUGAACAGGCAGAGAAGGAGGAGAUCGCACAGUUGCUGAGGUUUGAGUCGUCGCAGCAGCCAGGUGGCGACACAGUGACCCUGCCCGAGUACUGUGGGCGCAUGAAGGAGGGGCAGCGUGACAUCUAUUACCUGGCUGCCCCGAGUCGUCAGUUGGCGGAGGCAUCCCCGUACUUCGAGGCAGUGCGCGCACGAGACGUUGAAGUGCUCUUCUGCCUUGAGCCGUACGACGAGUUGGUGCUGGCGCAACUGCGGCAGUUCAGUCGCAAGAAUAUCACCUCAGUGGAGAAAGAGAUGCGCAGGGAUGCCGAGGAGGCCCACGAAGAACCAGCUGAGGUGCAAGGCCUUGUUGAGUGGCUCAAGGCAGAACUAGGGCCCAUGGUACACAAGGUAAAAGUGACACGACGGCUACACAAGCAUCCAUGCCUGGUGUCCGUAGAAGAGAUGGCAGCAGCGCGGCACUUCGUGAAAACAUCGCUGCAAAGUUUCUCAGAAGAAGAGCGCUAUCGCCUUCUGGAGCCCGUGCUGGAGAUCAACCCGGAGCAUCCAAUCAUGGCCAAGCUCGCUGUGCUUCGAACUUCAGAACCUGAGCUGGCCAAAAAGCUUGCGAGGCAGGUUUUUGGCAAUGCCAUGCUCACAGCUGGCUUAAUUGACGACCCGCGGAAGGUCACGUCACAGCUAAACGAUUUACUCACUGCUCUCUUGGAGAAGCUCUGAGGCAUGGUUAUUAGUGGCCCAGCUUUGCAUUUAAUGCUGGUUAAUGACAGUGCUGAUAUCGCUACCAUUGUAUGAGCAUUAUUCGUUGGCACCAUCUAAUGGCAUAUUCGGUUGCUCAUCUCGGAGUGCUCUGGCAGCUCUGGAAUAGUAAUGUAGAAAAGUAAUUAAGCAAGCUUCACUGCUGACAGAGUAGCAAUAUUAUCACCCCUGUAAAGCUGCAUUACAAAAGUAAUCAGCUAAAGCUGUUUUUCACCGCCUUCAUAGCACUUCCAGCGUGCUCCCAACGACCACCCAAAUAUGCCGUAAGUUACAAUUCUGCAUAAAGUUUUACAAGAGGUCAACCUUAGUGUCAGUGUAGGUUGCAUCAUCCCAACAGUUCAUGAUGCAAUGUACCCAGAAUGUGCUAGACUAACGCAAACGAGAUACGGUGUAUUUAAAUAGUAUUGAACAAAGUUUUUGUGACCCUUUAUUCACAUAUCAGAGGUUGAAAUGAAUGAAGCAGGGCCAGACUGUUUUUUUUUUUUUUUUCCUUUAGAACUUUUAAGCACAGAUGCGAUGAGCCAGUAAUGCAAACUGUUAUAAGAGUCUUAGGCAACGUAAAUGAUACGGCUGAAUUGCAACAUACUGUUGAUGUGUGCUGAUAUUAGAAAUGCUUUAUCAUCUCGAGACAGUCUUACUUUGAAUGAUUAUUGAAGCAGCAAUAAUGUACUGCAAGAAUGGCUCCUGCUUUUUGCAUGAACAGGUAAUUACAGUCUAUCAGAAAAAUAAUUAUGCUUCCUCAAUGUGAUUUUGUAUGCACCUUUGGCUUGUUCAUGAGCAUCAUGCGAGACAAUAUGUUCCAUUUAGAAUAAAGUUGUUUAUGUUAG